AUGUCAGUGAGCUUCUGCGCAGCAGCCGAGAAGAUCAGCUUGAAGACCGUGCAAGGCUCGAUGCACUUGAAGGCUCUCGUACAAUCCAACCCAGUCGUCAUACAAGACCAACUGGAGCUUUCGGAAGAGGCGGUGCUGCUAUUGCAAGACGUCGGGGUGUGUAUCGGAGAGCUGCAGCCCAGUCUGACGAUGAAGAGGGCACGGAUGAUGAAGACUAGACCCGUGAAGAUAUCACGAAGUCAAAAGAAUUCACUAUCAAAGACUGGACAAGAUGCUAGAAAAUAUUUAAAAACGCACAUUACGACAACCUUCCGUAGGAUUUGUGGUAUGAAGACGAAGGACAAGUGGCCCUUACCAUCAGAGGGUGAACGAAGAAACCCAGAUACAGAUGAGAUAUAUUACACACCAGAUUUUGCUGGCGACGUGCAGGAUCCGACAAACGUCGAAAUCUUCCGCAAGGCUGCAGAUGUGAUAUGGAAUGCAGAAAAUUGGCUAAGAUGUCUCAAAUCAAAGACCAUCCACUGGAAUAGAUCGACCCUCCUUGUCUUCGCAAAAGAGACAUUCCGCGGAUUCAAGUCAAAAUCGAAAGCCGAAACAGAUCCUCAAGGUGUGCUAGCACACACCACUAAUCAGCAUAACACUCGACGGAGUAACCGUCGAAAAGAGAAAGCCAGCAAUUUGCUAGCAGGAGAUGUCAUCGAUCAGUUCAAGGUGCAACAUGAUGGCACUGAUCCAUCUCCCUUCGUUAUUCCAGAUCACAUGUCCGAUGAAGCCUCUGCGGCGGGAUUUGCAGCAGAGAACCCAAUAUCUCACCUCAAGUUUCUUGAAGUUGUCAAGCCGCAGUGGAGGAGCACUCAGCAAUCAAAAAAUUUCGACGACUUACGUGACAUUUGGUGGACAACCAAGAGCUCAAAUGAACGCGAGAAGUUCGCUAUUCCAGUCAGAGGGUCCGGUCACAUCCCGAAGGUAUCACCAUACGACUUCGGAAUCAAUCUCAAGUGGCUCAAUGAAGCUCGAAAGGAGCGUCUCCUUGAAGAACGGCUCAAAGACUGGGGCAAAUAUGGAGACCCUGUCCAUGUUGAAGAACCUGGUGCUGCAGCUAGGGAGGGAGACACAGACACCGAGGAAGAUGCAAUGGCGACAGACGGGGGUGGUGAACGUGAAACUGAUGGCAUGGGGGGAGCUGAAGAAGGCACAGCAACCAAUGGACAAGGUGAUCAAGACCAAGCCGAAGUUGGGUGCACGACAUGA